UUGCUGCAGCCAGUACAGCCUCAGAGAAGUAGAGGAGGGGUUUUGGGCGCACGCUAGCGGGGAACCAUCAAAUCUUGGAGUGGAUAAACUCACAAAGGAGUGACGGUGCCACGCUGUGUGCGCCUCAAAUGCCUUUCUCUCGCUGAUUUCUAUUCCAUUUUAUGCCGCUCUUUAUAUUAUUGUUGGAAGAUAAAGAAAAAAGUUGGAGCAAGUGCAAUUUGUGCAAGAGAGAAAGGAGAAAGAUGUGGGGCGUUAUAAGGCAAAAAAUGAGCACUGGAAGCUCUUCUGUUCUGGUUUUGGGCCAGAGAAUCCGCCCAGCUGCAUGUGCUUUUAGAAAUUACUCCUCUCCUGCAAAAGAGAUAAAUGUGAGAGAGGCUCUGAACUCUGCACUUGAUGAGGAAAUGUCUGCUGAUCCUACAGUCUUUUUGAUGGGUGAAGAGGUUGGGGAAUAUCAGGGUGCAUACAAGAUAUCUAAAGGGCUUUUGGAUAAAUAUGGCCCUGAGCGGGUCCUGGAUACACCAAUUACAGAGGCUGGGUUUACUGGGAUAGGAGUUGGUGCUGCAUACCAUGGCUUGAAGCCAGUUGUGGAGUUUAUGACAUUUAACUUCUCUAUGCAGGCAAUUGACCACAUCAUUAAUUCUGCUGCAAAAUCAAAUUAUAUGUCUGCUGGCCAACUAUCUGUGCCUAUUGUCUUCAGAGGUCCAAAUGGGGCUGCUGCUGGAGUUGGCGCUCAGCACUCUCAAUGUUAUGCAUCAUGGUAUGCUUCAUGUCCUGGAUUGAAAGUAGUGGCUCCGUAUUCAUCUGAGGAUGCUCGUGGGUUGUUGAAAGCUGCCAUAAGGGACCCUGAUCCUGUUGUUGUGCUUGAAAAUGAGUUGCUAUAUGGUGAAUCAUUCCCUGUUUCGGCUGAAGUUCUUGAUUCCAGUUUUUGCCUUCCAAUAGGGAAAGCUAAGAUUGAGAGAGAAGGAAAAGAUGUGACUAUUACAGCUUUCUCAAAAAUGGUGGGCUAUGCCAUCAAGGCUGCUGAAAUACUUGCAAAGGAAGGAAUCAGUGCUGAGGUCAUUAAUUUGCGGUCCAUUCGGCCACUGGAUAGAGCCACAAUAAAUGCUUCGGUCCGGAAAACCAACAGACUAGUAACCGUUGAAGAAGGGUUUCCUCAGCAUGGUGUUGGUGCUGAAAUCUGCACAUCGGUUAUUGAGGACAGCUUUGGUUAUCUUGAUGCACCAGUUGAGAGGAUUGCUGGGGCUGAUGUUCCUAUGCCUUAUGCCGCUAAUCUCGAGAGGUUGGCUGUUCCACAGAUUGAAGAUAUCGUUCGCGCAGCCAAGAGAGCAUGCUACAGAGCUGAGUCAGUGGCUUCAACUGCUUAAUUUUACCAGUUUGAUCCAGAGCUUCUCCAAAUCCUGGAUAUUUUUAAAGAAUGUACAUUAUUUCUCUUCGCAUUGCACGUGGAGAGGAACCGCUUGUCAAAUAACUUGGAGAACAUUGACGUUGAGAGAUAAAAGUUGGUGGCUCUGUUUUGUCGUUUAUAUUUGGCUGUCAACAUGAAAACUAUGCUUACUUGUAGGCAGCGAUUUUUCCAAAAGUUAUUUACUGGAAUUUCUACUCGCUGCAUUGUCUCCCUGUGAAGGUGAAUAAUGCUGUUUUGAGUGAUUGGCUUCUGAUUUUUGUUUGA